AUGGCUAAAAAUUGCAAAAACCAGCUGAGUGGUGCAGAAAAUCGCAAAAGGGCAAAAGUUAAAGCAAUUAAAACUGCAAAUGUUUUGUCAAAAGUUGCCAAACUUGAUGCUUAUUUUAAUAUUAAAAAUGCAAUUAAUGGAACAGAAAAUACAUCAAGUAUUAAUAUUGUUGAUGAAAAUACAUGUGAUGAAAAGACUGAAAUCCAACCAGUGACAACAAAUCUCAGAAUAAAUGAAGAAACUACUGUUCCCAAUAAAGAUCCUGCAUUGUGGAAAAUAAAUGAAAAUACCAUAGAUUAUUUUACACUUAAUGGGUUUGAUCAAAACUUAAAAAAUACUGACUUUUCUUCUUCGAAAGAAACUAUAUACCUAUUAGAAAUAUUCGUGCUCGUGAAUGGGGAAUCUAUAAAUCGUACAUUUGUUCUUUACUCUGAAAGUAAAGGUUGCAUAUACUGUGCACCAUGUCGAUUAUUUGGUGGUCCGAAUACUACCAAUAUAUUUUCUAAAUUUGGAUUUUUUGAUUGGAAAAAAGGUGAACAAAAAUUAAGUCGUCAUGAAAAUUCGUUAAAUCACAAGUCUUGUAUUCUCAAGAUGAAAAAGAGAGGAAGUGAAAUAGGGCGAAUUGACCAUCAACUCAUUUUACAAGUCCAAACAGAAACAAAUUACUGGAAAGAAGUUUUAACUAGAGUCGUAGCUGUAGUGAAGUCACUAAGUUCUCGGGGGUUAGCAAUGGGAGGGCACGACGAUAAAUUCGGAUCAACUUACAGUGGUAACUUUGUUAUGAGCUUAGAACUCAUUGCCGAGUUUGAUCCCUUCCUUAAAAAUCAUAUAUCUGAAUUCGGAAACAAAGGGAAAGGAACAACAUCAUACUUAUCUUUUACAUAUUUGUCAAUAAUUGUUGACUCAACACCGGAUAUUUCUCAUACGGACCAAUUAGCAUUUAUUUUUAGAUAUGUAUCAAAUAAUGGUGAACCAGUUGAACGAUUUUUGAAAUUUUUGGCUAACUCAGGACACAAAUCUAAGGAUUUAGCAGAUGCUGUUUUUAUGGUUUUGGAAGAAAAUGAAAUUGACAUUAAUAACUGCCGCGGACAAUCUUACGACAAUGCUUCCAACAUGUCGGGAGUAUAUUCUGGACUCCAAGCAAGAAUCAAAGAAGCAUGUCUCCAUGCUGUUUACGUUCCAUGUGCAGCACAUUCAUUGAACCUAGUUGGUGAAUGUGCUGCUGAUUGCUGUAUAUAUGCUAAUGAGAUUUUCAAUUUUCUUCAGAAUAUUUAUUCUUUUUUUUCUGAAUCUACCUAUCGUUGGGAAGUGUUAGAUCAUUGCUUAUCUAAAUCUGAAAAUGUAACUGUUAAAAGGUUAUCUGAUACCCAAUGGGCGGCUAGAUAUGAGGCUUGUUUAAGUUUAUCGCGUAAUUGGAAUGAGAUUUUGAAAGCGUUAAAUAUUUUUAUUAACAAUCCAACUGAAAAUUCCAAAACUAAAUGUGAAUGUAAAGGACUGUUGAAGAAGAUGAAUAGUUUAGAAAUGGGUAUUCUGGUAUCAGUAUGGAAUGAUAUUUUAGAGAGGUUCAAUAUUAUAAAUAAGAAAUUGCACAAUGUUCAUAUUGAUUUGACUAUUGUCAUAACCCUAUAUAAAUCAUUGAUAAAUUAUAUAAUGGAUUUAAGAAACAGCUUUUCAUAUUAUGAAAAACUUGGCAUGGAAAAAACUGGAAUUAUAGAAUAUAAAUUUUCCCGUACAAAAAAAAGAAAAAUUCCUUUUGAUGAAUCAUCUCAAGGUGAUAUAAAAUUAGAAGAUUCAUUACAUACGAAGUUGAGAAAGCGUCUAAAUUCUUAUGAAAAAAUUAAUACUUCGUUUGGAUUUUUGUUCAAUAUUACUGAGUUGUCAGUGUUGGAAGUAAGGCAAAAAUCUGGAGAGUUACAAAAACAAUAUUCUCAAGAUCUGGAUAUAUCUUUUAUGAAUGAAUGUAUUCAUUUCCGUGCUUACUUAAAAGACUUACCAGAAAUCAUAUCCACAAAAUCGGUUCUAGAUUUGUGUAAAAUCAUGAAAGAUGAUAAUUUACUAGAUAUUUACCAAUACGUUAAUAUUGCAUUGCGAAUGUUUAUGUGUGUUCCUGCAUCAAAUACAUCGGCCGAGCGUUCAUUCAGUACUCUUAAAAGAAUUAAAUCAUAUCUCAGAUCUUCGAUGAAUGAUGAUCGUUUAAAUUCUUUAGCGAUUCUGAAUAUUGAAUCUCAGUUGACAACUGAAUUAAAUUAUGAUGAAAUAAUUGAAGAUUUUGCAAGAUCAAAAGCUCGACGAAAAAUAUUAAUAUAA